CUCUGUUAUUAUACACGUGCAGAGUUGCAUAUUCAAUUGAAAAUUGUUGUUUUCUCUCUUUAAUUAAAUCCUAUUUGAAGAUAAAUUUGAAAAUACCAACUCGAAAGCAAUGGGAAACGGUUACUCUUCAGCGAAAAUGAACAGGAAUCAACGGGAAUCUGUUGUUAGAGUCUUGCGAAGAAUGGGAAGAAACCAAAGAGUACUUGCAAGUGAUAUUUCAAGACUUACCGAUAGAAUGAACGACUUAUCUGAUCAAAUCUACGAAGAAUCUGUUCGACUUAAACAAAGGGAAGAAGAGUUGAGUGAUUUGAAAUUAAGCCUCCACAGAAUAUCAUUUCGUAUGAAGGCAGCCGUUAGGAGAAUUGAUUUAGGAGAGAGCGCAGGCAUUGAACAUCAAGGAGAAGUACAAGAUCCUGACGACUGUCAUUCUGAUCACAGUGGCGAUUGUGAAAUUGAUUUUGAUACUCCCGACCAAAGUGGUAAGCUAACAAUUUUCUUAAUAAUAAACAAACAAGAUACUUACUCUUUUCCUUUAAAUAUCAAUAUAGCUAUCGACGCCGUAGUUGCUGUUCCUGAAUCGUACUCGUCCAUGAUUGAAAGCUGUAAUAGCGAAGAAUUUGAUACUAUAAAGAGACGUAUAACUGAUGAUGUUGUCGAGGCUGUAAUAAAGAAGAAGAAAUGUUUAGAUGUUGAUCAGAUGGACUUAUCCGAUGAGUUGGACGUCAAUUCUAAUAACAAAGAAAAUGAUGGUGACGAUAUGGAAAGCAAAGAAGUCGUUUAA